AUGAAAUCCCUUUGGACUUCCCUUCUCACUGCUGUCACGUUUGCAGUCUCAGCAUCUGCUGAUUGCUCGUCGCUCGGUAGCGGAGCAAGCGACUCUUUCCCCGGUACCUUCCAGAUCUCUGCGUACGACGCCUCUACUGGGACGACUACCCCGCUCCAUCUGCUCGUCUUCAUGACCGUUCCCGAGACGUCAUUUCACGUACUCUCCACCGCGAGCAGCCCAAGCAUCGCUUGGCAGGGCCUCGCCAUGAGUAAUGGUGUCAUUGAGGCAAUCCCUCCCGAGUACUAUGGUGCAGCUGGGUCCAUCGGCGCUGCCUAUGUGAACCCAGAAUAUCCAGUUCCAACCGCUGGUCCUUUCCCUAUGUGGUCCAAUUCCUUCGUCCAGAACGAACUUUACUGCGCGAUUCCGAACGCCGACGGGACUGCGGCCCUCGCAUUGAACGGGUACGAGAGCCUCUUCUCGCUCUGCACAGCCUACAUGUCGCAGACUACGCCGGAGGCCCCGGUGGUCCUGUAUAAUGCGAGCGCGAGCGCUUACGGAGACGGAUACGAGACGUACGAUGGUUCCAGUUGCAAACCUAUCACCCUUCUGCUAGAGCCACAGGCAUUGUCGUGACGGGUCUAGAGCAGAUUGACUCGCAAGUUGCAAAACAAAUGGAAUGGGUGUGCUGUCUUAUCUGGGAGUCGCAGUGCGCCGGAGUGUGAGCGGUCUGAUGUGCUCGAACGGCUGCUCGGACUUCCGGAGGGAUCUGCGUUUUUGACAGUAUAUCCCCG